CACAGAAUGGAAUUCUGGAAUAUGAUCAUCAAAAUUAUUUUAUUAUUGCAAAUAACAAUUGGAAUUCUGGGAAAUGUCUCACUUCUUAUCUACUAUAUAUUUGAUUAUAUAGAACAUACACUAAAGACAACAGAUUGGAUUCUCAUGCACCUAAUGGGAUCAAAUGCCUUGAUAGUUCUCUCUAAAGGAGUACCCCACACAUUGGCAGCAUUUGGGAUGAAACAGUUUUUAAAUGAUGUUGGAUGCACAUUGGUUUUGUACAUUCAAAGAGUUGGCCGGAGUGUGUCCAUUAGCACCACCUGUCUCUUGAGUAUCUUCCAGGCCAUCACCAUCAGUCACAGGAAAUCCUGCUGUAAGGAUCAAAAGAUGAAAGCUGCAGAGUACAUUAGCUGCUCCACUUCCCUUUUAUGGGUCUUGUCCAUGAUUAUAAAUUUCAUUUUCUUUGCAUAUAUAAUUGUCAAAAGGAAUAGCAAAAAUAUGACAAGAAACCGAGAUUUUGAAUACUGUUCCACUGCAGGACGUGAUGAAAUCAAUGACUUGAUCUAUGCAGCAUUGGUGACGUGCCCUGAAAUCUUCUUUUCUGUGCUCAUUGCCUGGUCCAGUAGUUCCAUGAUUGUCAUUCUGUACAAACACAAGCAAAGGGUUAAACACAUCCACAGCCAUCAUGUUUUCCGCAGAAACUCUCCAGAAUCCAUAGCCACCCAGAAUAUUCUGGUCCUGGUGUCUACCUUUUUGGCAUUUUAUACUGUCUCCUCUGUCUUACAAGGCUGCCUUGCUCUUUUGUAUAAUCACACCUGGUGGCUGGUGAAUAUUACCCGCAUCACUUCUUUGUGUUUUCCAUCUUUUGGACCCCUUGUUCUUACAAGUCAUUACUCUAUUUUACCCAGACACAGUUUGGUCAUGAUAAGGAAUAAAGUCUAA